AAUUGAUUCCUCAUUACCAAUUUCAGAAUCUAUUAAAAGACUUUGCAAUCCUCCUAAAAGUGAAAUCACAGAUAAUGAAAUAAAUACAAAAAAGUUGUUAAAAGGAAAACUUAAAUUAUUUAUUAAUGACCAAGACCAUAGAAAACCGUGUAGUACUGGAUCUAUAGC